AUCCUACCAUGUAAAAGAGAAGAUCGUGCUCCUCCUCUGUUAUCUCUCGUAAUAACGAAUUUCAUAACCUUAGCCACUCGUAUGUACAACAGUUCUUGUGUUAUUUUGGAGGCGGUUCUUCAUCGUAAAAUGAAUUUUUUUCUACAUAAAUUUACUUAUUCGUGCGGUGUAAUUAAUUCGCGAAGUUCGAUGUAAAAAUUUUCAACAUUGUAACCGUAAUACUGGCUAUUCUUCAUUCUUCGUUCCACACCGAUUUGCAUUAUGAAAUUAAGUGUAUCGGCAUUUCGGGGUGCACAAGCUUCGGCUCACAAGAAGAUUCUCAACUCGAGCAGCAGUUACCAUUUCGGUGCCACACCAAAGUUCACUUCACCACCACCUUCAACGGCAUCGUUUUCGCCGUUGCAGGUAGAAGAUAAUCAAAUGAUGGUUGACAAGACCGGUGUGGGACCCGGUGGUGGGUCUGACCCGCCAGUCAAAUCGGAAACUUCGUCUAAUACCGGAUCACACGAAUCGCAACCACCGCCGUCUUCGCAGCCUGAAAUACGUAUUAAUGUGCCGACCAAAAAUAUCAAAUCAGAAGACGUCAGAGUUACAUCGUCAGAAAAAAGUCAAAGAACACGAAGCAAUCAAAGAUGGAUGAAAUUAAGAACGACGGUGCAAUUAUCCGGAGCAAUUACCACCAUGCAGAAACCAAAACCGCAACUGAAACGGGAAGACUCGUUUUUGAAACGUUUCUCAACGAGACAAAUUCCCGAAACACAGGAAACGUUAGACACCGGUGAUGACGGUGACGACGGUUCCAGUUCACAAGGAGAGCCCGAAGGACUGAGAAGACUGCGUCGUAGAAAACGUCGACAUAGAAAGAAACAACCGUCGAGCGUUGUGAAUCCGGACGAAAAUUUUUAUUAUUAUUGGUUAUUUCUCGUAUCGGUUUGUGUGCUGUAUAAUCUAUGGACGUUAAUAGUUAGGCAAAGUUUUCCGGAAUUUCAAGAAUUAGCCGUGACUUUUUGGUUUUUAUGCGAUAAUUUAACGGAUUUAGUUUUUAUAUUAGAUAUCGUAGUGCAAUUUCGAACCGGUUAUCUGGAACAGGGUUUAAUGGUAUACGAUUCGAAAAAAUUAGCUUUACAUUACGUGAAAUCGCGACCGUUUGUGUUUGAUUUAGUAGCCAUGAUACCGUUACAACUGCUACAGCUGAAAAUCGGCACCAAUCCUCUACUAAGGUUUCCUCGAUUCGUUAAGGUUUAUCGCGUUUACGAUUAUUAUUACAUGGUGGAGUCGAGGACAGUGUAUCCGAAUUUAUGGCGGGUUGUGAAUUUGAUCCAUAUACUGUUAAUAUUAGCCCACUGGUUCGGCUGUUUUUAUUAUUUACUUUCCGAAGCCGAAGGUUUCAAAGGUGAUUGGGUGUAUCCUUACAGGCCAGGCGACUACGCUACGUUGACGAGGAAGUAUCUGGGAUCGUUGUACUGGUCAACGUUGACGCUGACUACCAUUGGUGACUUACCAACGCCUGAAACCAAUGCCGAUCAUAACGUCACGUAUCGUUUACCACAUCAGAGGAAAGGAAGAUAUAAGAAAUCACGUUUACUUCAAUUCAACUCGAACAUGGGAUUUGUGUUCACUAUCGUGAGCUACUUAAUCGGCGUAUUUAUAUUCGCUACAAUCGUAGGUCAAGUUGGAAAUGUGAUAACAAACAGAAAUGCAAAUCGGCUCGAAUUCGAAAGAUUAUUAGACGGCGCCAAGACGUACAUGAGACAUCAUAAAGUACCCAGUGGUAUGAAACGAAGAGUGCUUCGGUGGUAUGAUUAUUCGUGGUCUAGAGGUAGAAUACAAGGCGGAGGUGACAUAAACACGGCCUUAGGACUUUUACCAGAUAAACUGAAGACCGAGUUGGCUUUACAUGUUAAUUUGAGUGUUUUGAAAAAGGUGACAAUUUUUCAAGAAUGUCAGCCGGAGUUUCUGCACGAUUUGGUAUUGAAAAUGAAAGCUUUCAUAUUCACCCCCGGUGAUUUAAUCUGCCGUAAAGGAGAAGUAGCGCGGGAGAUGUUUAUCAUCGCUGAUGGAAUUUUAGAAGUAAUCAGUGAAACUGGGCACGUCCUUACAACAAUGAUGGCUGGUGAUUUUUUUGGUGAAAUUGGUAUCUUGAAUCUGGAUGGGUUGAAUAAGAGAACAGCCGAUGUACGCUCGGUUGGAUAUUCUGAAUUGUUCAGUUUAUCGCGCGAAGACGUCUUAGCAGCCAUGAAAGAUUAUCCGGAAGCCCAAGAAAUACUACAAACUCUGGGUAGAAAAAGACUGAUGGAAGCUAAAAGCAUCACUAAAGCUUAUAACGAACAACGAAAACAAGCUGAACUGAAUGCAAUGGUUAUAAACGCGGCUGCAGCUGCAGAGCAUCGAGCUAAGAACAAAAUAGUUGAUAGAAUUUGCAGCGAUGUUAAAGGAUUGAAAAGUGUUCUGCGGAAAAGUCGUCGAGGAACAAACAGCGAGGACAGCCUUGAACUGCAACCUUUGACGAGUAUAUCGGGUAAAACAGACAACCAGAUGUUGGUUGGAAACAAAGGUAUGCUGUGUCGUAUGCAGAAAGUACUGAGCGAAGAUACGUAUCAAGACGACGACCAUAACGGACCAGCAGAACGUAGAAUUAGCGCCGGAUUUCCAUUGUUGAACAAACUAAAAACGUUAACCGAUAAACAUCACCAGCACCAUCAUACAGCUCCAGCUACGCAUCCGGAUACUGCCGAGCAACCAGAUCCGCCGAAAGAGGAACCGGAGAUCGAACCUAUCGGCGUUGGGUUACCCUUAAUACAACGUUUAUUGUUACUCAAGCAAAGAGAAGACCAGGAAGGUAAGACAACGACGGUUACAACGACAACGGUUCGUACUCAGCAGUCUUCUUUUGUAACGACACAAUGCAACAAGAAGCCUAAGGUGGUCAAGAAAGAAGUUGCGUUUGCCGAAGAUCUGGUACCUAAGGAAGAUGAUAAAAUAGUGCAGCAAUCUAGACACGAGAAAAAAGCGGAGUUCAUGAAACCGUGGUGUUUAUUGCGAAAAGCUACAAUUAAUCAAAACUGUAAGAAUAUUCAUAGGCCGAAUAAAACAUUCAAAUACGAACAAUUUCGGUAUCAGAUGGAAAAAAAUGACGACGACGGUAAGCCUUCGAGUAGUAAAGAUACGUCGUCAUCUGCAGCAGCGGCGAGUUCGACAACGACGACGACAAAGAACACUCACCGAUGUUUAACUCGUUUAUACGGUAGUGGUAUCAAAAAUGCUCAAAGUUGUUUAGCUCAAAGUUCUCAAACUUGCGACAAUAUGUUGAUAAAUUUAACAAUAUGUGAUAAUACUAAUAACGUGAACGUAGUUACCAGCAGCAAUAACAAUAGCGGUGAUCGUGAUGGCAAUACCGAUAGCAACCAUAGUAAUAAUAAUCUCAAUAGUAGUAGUAGCGAAUCGGAAAGUAAACGAAAAUCGUGUUCGCAAAAUCAAUUAGUGGCCACGACCAGCGCUAUAAAUAUUUGCAGCACGACUGAAACCGGCGGCUCGGAUACUAGAACGAGAGUCUAUUUGCCAAUGAGUGCCAGAUCUAGUAAAACCUAUCAGUCUGUGGACGAUCUUUCGCCGGAAUAUUCCGGACUGCCUUUUGUUAAAAAAUUAAAAAUUUUAAACGAGAGGCAAAAAUUAGCCGAAUUGGAAGAAAACGUCUUCAUUCGUAGUUGUAGUCUAGACCUAAACAAAGCUGCCAGACGCGGAGUGCAUGCUAAAAGUAGUUUUUCGAAUUUAACGCGGAGUCUGUCCGAAACUACAGCAAUGGAGGUGGUUUUGCGUUCGAGAAGAUACCAACAGCAAUCGCGUUCGAAGAAGGAUAACCCGAACACGUGUUCCUUGCCGGCUACGUUCUCAGAGCUUGAUUUACCAUCGCCCGAAGGUUGUGAAACUUUGGAAAGGCGUAAACUGAAAAGUAUCCUUAAGAAGAUAUCGUCGGGUAAUUGCAAAAUAAGUGAUAUUCUUAGGCAUCCGGAAUUGAAAGACAGCAAUCCUGAUAACGUGGCGUUGAGCGAAUUAGAACUGAUCAAAAAAUUGAUGAAUGCUCAAACGGUACAAGGAUACGUGGCCAGGCAUAGUACUCUAGAAAAAAGCAUGACGUGUAAUAGUUCGUUACGAUCUCCUCCGUCUGCCGCUCGAACCGUGAAAAGCAACGACAGCACUGCAUUCACAUUUGACGAUACAUCGUCGCUGAUACCGAUAUCCGUUAGUUCGCCCGAUACGGACACUAAACAAGCUCAAAAUUCUAAUGAAAUUAAGUAUUUGGAAAGAGAUAACUCGCACUCGCCGUCCAAAAAUCCAGAUUUAAUACCAGACGUUUAUGUAUUAGAUGAAAAUCUCAUGUCUCCGGUACAGUUACCAGCGUUUGUGUCCGAACAUUUGUCCGCCAGUACGUCCAGCGAUGGUGAUGGUUAUAGCCGAUUUCAGUGUACUUCGUAUAAUAGAGAUUUAGUGGAAGGACUGCAGAAUAGUUUCAAAUCUCAAGUCAAAGAAAUCGAACAAGAAGUGAGAAAAAGAGAUAUGCUGAUCGAAGUUCUGCAAACAAGAAUACAGGAAUUACAGAAACAUCACGAGCAAUGCUUCCAUGAAGAUAGUUGUUCGGAUGAUACAGACUGUGAUAUUCAAGACCAACCAUUUUUGAGAGGCGAUUCGGUAGACACAGUGUUGCUCUCACCACCCCAAACAUCCUUCAGAAACCAAGAAUAUCUGAGCCAUAUCGAGCAGCGUUUCCAACCGAAAAUAAUGCUAGAAAAUCGUCGUUCGUGGGAAGAUCGAUCAGAAGAAGAAAACUUGGAGGUACGCGAAUUACCUAGUUCGAUAACCCCCAGGCCUAUGUGGAAGGAUGACAUAAGCAUAGAUAUAGCUUCAGACGAUGCCAGCACCAGUGCCAGCGAAACGGACGAAUUAUUCGCGCACCUCGACGACGAUCUGCAUUUAACCAAACACGAUCAAAAUUGGGAAGUUCGAAUGUUGGCUCGUGAAUUAGAGAAAAGAGAGCACAAAGAAUCUCAAAGUAAUAAAUUAAAAAGUGAAAGUGGUGUGCAAAAAACUCAACUGUUGAAUGUUAGAUCACUCGAAGAAAGAUGUACGUUCAACGUGACCACUCCAUCGCAACGUAGUAUAUCUUCCGAUAAUAUUUAUACUUCGUCAGCAAGCUAUUAUAGUGCUGUCGAUGAACCAAUAUUUACUCAUAGUGCAUCCUACCAAACUACUACAACUUCUGUAUCACCGGACGUUGUACCGGUGCCCAUUGUUACUACUAGUGGGGUUAGUUCGCAAUCUUCAACUGGAUCUUAAUCGCCAAAAUAUGAAUUAUGUACUCGUAUAAUUUUAUUAUUGCUCAAAAUAUUGUAUAUAAAUUGUUCGAUCAUGUAACAUGUAUUUUUUUUAGCAUUUUUCUUCUGUUUUUGUUUUUAUGGUGUAAUUCCUUUCGAAUCGCAUUUCGAUAUGUGUGAUUUUUCUUUUUUUUCUUUUUUCGUUUUUUCAUGUGUGUAAAAGAUGUUUUAAAUGUUUACCUUGAUUAAAUUUUGUUUAAUGUAAUUUAGUUUUUCAACGGUUCAUCGCCAAUUUAAUUCGAUUUUAUACCUUGAGUUUUUCUUUCGUUUUUAAAUAUACAAAAUAUCAUUUUAAAACUCUUUUUCUUCAAGUGUUUUAUUAUCAUAAUUUUUUUUUUUUUUGAAUCUUAAAAUAUACAAAGAUACUAUUCAGUUAUAUUUAUUUUACAAACAAAUGAUAACAUUCCACUAAUUACAAGCAGGAUUACUAAAUUGGUAAACCCUUCGAAUCAUAUUUCUGCAUGAACCAAACUAUCUGAAAAUAAAACAAAACGUUUUAGUCAUAAAAUUCUUUCCAUCGAUAAAAUGUUACCAAAAAUGAAAAUAAAUUAUUUUUUAUUGUGUUUCUCUUCA